AUGGGAGAUAGCUCACAGUUUGUAACCUCUGUGAACACCACCGAUGUUCUCUUUGGACGAGGAUCUGGUCCCAAUGAUCAUGAAGGCAACAUUCGAUUUCGUGAUGUAGUCUCGAAACGCAAAGCUGAAUACAUGUCUACAAAUCACAGACAGACAAAGGCUACGAUUGCGAAAGAUGUUGUUAAUACAGUCUAUUCAGCGAAUGGAAGAUUCCUGAAAAAAUUAGAAGCGAAUGACCUACAAAAGCUUGGUUUUCCUCCAUCUACAGAAGUUUAUCAAAUUGUAGAUGAUGACACUGUCAUGGAAAAGGCAAAACAAGCUCUCAGGCAGAACAGAGAGAAGACAGGGAAUGUUUCACCUAAACCAGCCAAAAAGCAGGUCCAGCAACAACAACCCAUGGCAGCACCGCCAGCUCCAGUUCUGAACAACGCAGACUUUGCCAUUCCAAACUUUGCAGGACUGGCAUCCCACGAUAUGCUGGAACCGCUUCCAAUUCCCGCACCUCGAGCUGCGGAGCAUGCCAGACCUCAACAAAACCCCGAUUACGCCAAGUACACUCAGCAACUGGAAGGAUUGGCGGCUCAACAAGCAUCAGGCAUCUCUGGUGAUAUGAUGAGACGAGGCAACCGUCGCGGUUCUGUUCAGAGUCUGAGCAACAGUAAAAGGGAUUCUCUGCAACUAAGCCAGAUUAUGUACCCUGAUGGGGGAGUGGAUGGAAUGAGUGCCAUGAUGGAGUCCUUCAAGGGCAUGUCAACAACUGAAGGAUAUACAUCGCAAGAUUCGAUUGGAACUAUCGAGAACAUGUUUGGAGAUCCACAACAUCAAAUGAGUGGAAUAUCGAAUAUGAGUCUCUCCUCUGUCUUUAAUGAAAAACAGGACAAAUCCAAGCGACCUGGCGGUAGAAUGAGCUUUACGUCAACACGCUCAAGGGAGGCACUUGGAGAAACCGCUGAUUGGGUGUUUGAUGAGCAAUCGCCCUCCGCUGAUGGUGGGGCUCCACUUUGGCCGUUGGAAGAAUCAAGGAACAGUGGUGCCAUGUUGCCGCCGGCAAAUAGACCCAGCAUUACGGCACUCAUGUCUGAUCCCUUACAAGAAAGUCAAAGUGGAGCAAUGAUGUCAACCGGGGAUAUUGGUAUGUCUACGGGAUCACUCAUGAUGACUUCAAUUGACAGUCUUGGUCCGUUGGAAGAGAAAAAGUAA